AUGGAUUCAGAAAAACUUAUUGAAAUAGUUUGGACUCAUUUCUGUCUAUAUGACUUGGGUGAUCCAAAAUAUAGCGAUGCGACACAUAAAGAUAAACUUUGGAAAACUAUAGGUGACGAACUGAAUCAACCAGGUACUGUGUGUAAAGAUAGGUGGUCAAAUAUAAGAGACCGAUAUAGAAAAGUUUUGAAUAAAAAAAGACUUCAAGUGGUCAAGCAACAAAAAAAUAUACUCAAGUAUAAAUAUGAAGACCAACUUAGUUUUUUAAAACAUCAUUUUCAAGAAAGACCAAUUACAAACAUUGAAAGUCACAGUAAUUCCGAAGAAGAGGAUAAUACAGUGCAACAUUCUACACCAAUAGAACCAAAACGGUGUACUCAACGUGGAUCUCCUCAAAUUGGCGCAGGUGGUAUCAAAAAAAAAAAGACCAAGAAACAGCUUCAUGGACGCUGA